AAAAUAAAGUCACAAGUGGAACUCCUGAGUUUCGUAGGUGGCGACCGUCCUUCGUGACAACCGUGGGCCGUAUCCAAGGCGUCAAAACAUCUUUAUAACUAUGGCCAUCUUACUUGAUUGCCCAUCGAAGACUAUUCCCCCGACGAAGCACUACUACGUCUGAGAUCGCCGUGUGCUUAUGGCCGCUCUCCCUUCUUUCAUUGAACUCAUGGCUUCUCUAGGCAUAGAUGAUACUAAGCCAGAAACUCCGAGCAUAGUCAGGACUCGAGAUCGUUCUUCUUCAUGUUCUUCAUGCUCUUCAUUGGGCAGCUCUACUGACGGUUGGAGCCCCAUCCGUUGUGCCCGUGACAUUGACUCAGAUAGGCGUCCAAGCGCUUCUCGUCGAGUCAGAGCAGUAAGAUAUUCACCGUACAUUUCAGCCAGUUCUACUGCUAGACAAAGCAGUAACGUGUCGUUGACACACAGCCAGAGUGAUCAAGAAGAUUCUAGCAGAUCUUCAUCACCAAAUCCUCCUUCGUCUCCUCGGCAUACACGACGGCCUUCACCUCUUCAUUUCUCCAAGAGAGAAAGGCCAUCCAUCACUCCAAUCUCGUCAUAUGUUCGUCGCAAGACACCACAAAACUCGCCCGUCGUCCUUACUUUCGCUCAACGGGAGUACGUCGAGAGACCGGAAGUUAUCACACCACCAUCAUUGAUGCCAAUGUCAUUGCCCACCAUCCCUCCAAUCCCACGCUAGUUUCUGUUUGGAUUAAUCAAUGGACAUCUCCACUUCUAUUCCGCGGUCUGAUGAUGGUACAGCUGGUGUACGAUGUAGUUGCCGCGUAUCCCAAGGAAGGCUUUAUGGACCUUUUAAUUCUCACAUACACGCAUACACAACUUUCCUUUGCAUUUCGUCUCAGU